GAAGGCAGCACCGUGUCACAUGACCAGCGCACAGCUGAGGGAUGCUGAGGUAGGCUUGCCCGUUGCUAGCCCGUUAGCCACGCUAGCCGUGUCUGGUAAUCCUGGCAGGAGCAGCCGUCUCUCCCCACCAAACUAAAACCACCGCCCGAGGGGGGGCGAUUUACUACACGCCAUGGAGAGGAUGCAGCGCAUGUGUUCGUCUUCGGUAUCCCUCCAUAUCAGCAGCUUUUUUGUUAGAUGUCAAUGUCAUAGUUUGUAGCUGGGGCUGUCCAGUUAGCUCGGCUAGCCUGUGUGUGGCUAACGCAGGGCCAAGGCCAAGGCCGAGCGAGGAACGGGAGGCCGCCGUCGGGCAUUUGCUCCGUGGGUGGCCAGAGGAGAGGUGUAGGACAUCAGGUUUUGGAUCAGACCUUCUUCUGAAGUCGCCUCCACCAACAUCUUAGUCACUGUCACCCUCUGCUGAGCCAUGUCCUCGUCAGGGUGCUGCCACCUACCCGGCUCGCUUUGUGAUUACUCCGGGAAUGCCGAAUCUGAUGCAUCCAACAAGGAUUCGGAGGAGUCUGAUUCUACCGCGCAGGCCCAGUACAUUGCCAAGGUUACGGCUAAAGAUGGCCGCCCACUCUCCACCGUUGUCAAAGCGGUGAGCUUGCAGAGUGAUGUGGGCAUGUGUCGGAUUUGUCAUGAGGGAGCUGGAGGGGAGACGCUGCUCUCACCGUGUGACUGCACUGGUACGCUGGGUAAAGUGCACAAGAGCUGCUUGGAGAAGUGGCUGUCCUCCUCUAACACCAGCUACUGUGAGCUCUGUCACACAGAAUUCACUAUUGAGCGACGACCACAGCCACUCACACAGUGGUUGAAGGACCCGGGCCCUCGCAGUGAGAAGCGCACGCUGUUAUGCGACAUGGCCUGCUUCCUUCUCAUCACGCCCCUGGCAGCUAUCUCUGGCUGGCUGUGUCUGAGGGGAGCCCAGGACCACCUGCAGCUGAAGAGCAGACUCGAGGCUGUCGGCCUCAUCGCCCUCACCAUCGCCCUCUUCACCAUCUACAUCCUCUGGACACUGGUGUCAUUUCGGUAUCACUGUCAGUUGUACUCGGAGUGGAGGAGGACCAAUCAGAAAGUGCGCCUGCUCAUGCCCGACAUGAAAGGGGCACACACCACCCAGCGUUCUGUGCCGACCAAGUCGACCAAGAAAAUGACUGAUGAGACCAUCGUAUGAGUGCAGAGUGGUGCCGAGAGGAAUAUUUAAAACGACGCCCACUGAAGCACUCUCUUUAAAAAAAAAACAACAAAAAAAACAACAAAAUUAAUCAUAUUAAUGAACCUUUGCACUUCAUAUGGACCAUUCUGAGAGGAGAGAGCUACUUUCUCCUUCUGUUUUUUUUUUUUUGUUUGUUUGUUUUCUUUUUUUUCUCUCUUAUUGAAGCACUUGAUGUAAACUACUACGGUAUUGGCCGAACCACAAAAAGUGGUUUUGGAAAGAACUCAUUCCGGAGUCAUUGUUGAUGUUGAAACACAGAGUUGUCACUGGACAGCCAGUGCUGGGAUGUGAACUACAUGAACACAUGGACAAUGGACUAACCAGCCCAACUGUAUGUCUGUGACACAAACUUAUGAAAUACUAAGACACAAGCUAAUGUAGCAGGAUAUAACUGAUUCAGCAUGCUACUACAGUAUAAUAUGAAACAUAUUCACUACCUAUAAUUCCCCCCAUGCCCCCUUCACAAUGUAUUUAGCUGUUUUUGAACAACGGGCCACCAGUAGCCCGGCAGAGGAUAAUAAUCUAAAACCAUGAUUGACGAAGUCUAUCUGUGAAUAUUCAUUCUUGACGAGCAAACUUCAUACUUCUCUAUAAUCUGAACCCUUUUAAAGUUUCCUGGUAAAGCUUUAUCAUUGCUGACUGAACAGUGAAAAUCAAAUCCUUCUCCUGUUUAGACAACAGGCAUCACAUAUUUAUCACACUUGUCACGGGGUCAGUGAAGACAGUAGUGUAUGGGAUAACGCCACCUGCAGCCGUUAAACGUGCAGUGCAGGUACUGUUAUUAUGUAAUCUACAAGGAAAUAGUAUUGAAGGUGUGGAAAAGUGUUUACAUUCUAAUUGGAUGACGUCUCUACUAUUGUCAUAAAAGUGCAUUAGCAAACAACCUUGUUCCACUUGUAAAUGCACCAUUCAUUAAUUGAGCUGCCUAGCAAUGACCAAGUAGUUGUGCCCUACAUCACAAGAGAUGCAAUUUUAAAUAGAAGAGAUACCAGUGUUCUGAAUAGUGAGAUUACACACUUUUGUCCGAUAUAAAAACAGAUGUACCAGGGCAGGCUGGUACUCGGUAAAGGUGCAAAAGAGAAAAUGUGUUCUGAGAUGUCAAUCAAUGUAUGCAGCAUAUGCUAAACAAAGUAUUUUGUGUUAUUGUAGUCUUCCUGCUGCAUUCCCUGAAAGUUGGGUUAUUGUGCAAUAAAACAUGAGGGACUCCUGGACUGUG